AUGGACACUAUGAAAACCACCUAUAUCGUGCUGGAACUGAUCAUCGCUGUGCUCUCCAUCGCUGGCAACGUCCUGGUCUGCUGGGCCGUGGCCAUCAACAGUACCUUGAAGAACGCAACCAACUAUUUCCUGGUGUCCCUGGCAGUGGCCGAUAUUGCCGUGGGUUUGUUAGCCAUCCCUUUCGCCAUCACCAUCAGCAUCGGGUUCCAGGUGGAUUUUCACAGCUGCCUCUUCUUCGCCUGCUUCGUGCUGGUGCUGACCCAAAGCUCCAUUUUCAGCUUGCUGGCCGUGGCCAUCGACAGGUACCUGGCUAUUAAGAUCCCACUGAG